AUGGAGGAAUAUGAUUGCAACACUACUCUAAUGCUCGGCUUCAAUGAUCAUCAAAACGGCCCCAAAAGACACGUUCGCGCUUUUCUCGACCAAGAUAUUAUCGAGUCGAGCUCGAGCCUGAAAAGUCGAGAACACGAGGAGGAAAUCGAUUUUUUCAAAGAUUUUGGUAGAAAGAAACUGAGGCUCACUAAAGAUCAGACCACCUUGCUCGAAGACAGCUUCAAACAACACUCUACCCUUAAUACGGUACAGAAGCAAGCAUUAGCAGGAAAACUGUGUCUCAAGCCCAGACAAGUUGAAGUAUGGUUUCAAAAUCGAAGAGCAAGAUCGAAGCUGAAGCAAACGGAGGUUGAGUGGCAGUUGUUGAAGAGAAACUGUGAAAGACUGAGCGAAGAGAAUCGCAGGUUGAAGAAGGAAGUGGUAGAGCUCAGAUCCGAAAUGAAGAUAUGUAAGCCGCUGGAGCCGCCGCAGCAGCGGCGGCAUUCCUUUCACGUUCACGAGGCGGUGAAGCUUCAGAAGGAUUGACGGCGUCGGAAAUGGUGAUCGGAAUGCAUGGCUAUUUGAAUCAGCCUCGUAGAAGUGGGAUACGGUGCGACACACUGAAUUGUGGGACAGAUGAUCUCAUCCGAUAUUUUGGCAACGUGUAUUUUUUUUUUUUUUUUUAAUUUUUGUAAGAAAAUCUUGUGAUGAUAUGAGAUGAAACAUCAUUUUAAGAGGAUUUCGUUUUGUGAAAUAUCAUUAUAUAUGUUUGUGUUUUGUAAA